AUGGAGUCCAUCACCACAUCGAAGGAACCCCUAAGCAGGAAGAGGCCGUCCCACGUUUUCCGCGCCUGCUGGGAAUGUAAAAAACGUAAAACAUUUGGUUGUUCUCCAUCCGACAGCGACAUGAGUGGUCUUGGCGGCGCGAACAGCGCUGGGGGAUCGUCGGCAGCCACACACGAUGAAUCCAUGUGCCCGCUUCAUGUCGGAGAAAGAUUAAGCAAACUAGAGCAGCUGUUCGAGAAAUUCGUAUGUAGAAAGUUUUCGAAUGCCGAAACAGCUCCAGUCACCCCGCAGAGCCCACCGUUGACGGAGCCGGAGCCUGCAUCGGAGAAGCUGCCAAAGUUCACGUUCGGUCUUCCCGAGAUAUCUAAGGAUACGCAAAGUCUCUCAUCCAUUGGUGAAGGGAUCGUAAAGUCAACAUGGUCGUCUGCGCCAUCCAUCAGAACCCUUGUAGACGGCGAAGGCCACGCCCCGCUUUCUUCGGCAGAAACGAUACGUCGUUCCCUGGUCGCCCUUCUUCCAUCGCAGCACGACGCAGAUGUCAUCUUCGAGUCCACGAAUGGAUGGAUGGUCCUUCGAACAGGCUAUACGCCAACUAAAGAUCUCUUCGUCAACCAAGAUCCAGAAACUUAUGCCCUAGACAUGUCAGCGAUUGCGAAAUCCCACUCGAUCAUUGUAGCGCGCACUUUGUUACAUCUAGCAAUAUGCAUCAACGCACUUCCUCCAGAGUUCAACACGUCCCGUCUUGCACAUGUUUGGUCACUCGAUGCCGCCAUGCAAAACUAUGUUAGCACCGUCACUUCGCUGGUGAUAUCGUCUGAUGAACAGAUGUCAACUCUCCCCGGCCUGGAAACACUUCUACUAUUGAGCAUCUUCCAUAUGAAUUCAGCUAACCUCAGGCAAGCUUGGCUUAUCGUUCGCCGGGCGAUGAACCUUGCUCACCUAAUGGGAUUCCACCGCAUCAUCAACCAUCCUUCUACUACCCCACCGAUUGAGACAGUUCAGAUGGCAAGAAGGCUGUGGCGCUCGAUCAUCGAUUCGGACCGGUACCUCUGCCUCCACUUGCGUAUGCCGUUUGCUUCUGAUGAAUACCCCGUACCACAUGAUGCCGAUAGUCACGUGAUUCACCGAGCGCAACUCGGAGCGCUCUCUCGAAAGAUCGCCGAGACCGACCGCAACGUUACGCCGCAAACCUACGUUCAAGCCCUCGCCCUGGAUGAGGAACUGGAGGCCCAGAUGAAACUCAUGUCCAAGGAUUUUUGGGAGGUGCCAAACGUCCCCCCAACUGCUCGAUCGCCAGAAUCUUCCAUGGUACUGGAGCGGCUGGUGGUACAGAUUUGGCAUUUCGAGCUCAAAGUCUUCAUACAUUUGCCGUAUCUGCUUCGCGCACCACAGGAGACUAGGUUUGAGUACUCCAAGAUCACAGCACUUCAAGCGAGCCGAAACGUCAUAAUGCGAUGGUUUGCCCUACGAAAUUCCAACAUUACUCAAGCGUGUUGCCGGUUUUCCGAGUUGGCUGCGUUCAUCGCCACCGUAACGAUCGGACUAGAUAUCUUGAUCGAGAUGGGAACGAAAGAACAAAAGGAGGUCCAACGAACAAGAGGAAGCGAUUUCGCGAUGAUCUGUAGAGUGGUGGGAGAGAUGGAAAAGUUGGCUAAAGCCAGCCCCCGCGAGAAGAUUGCUGCUCGUAGCGCGACCGUCAUCAAGAAGAUUUUAUCCUCGCUGGAUCCAAGCCGAAAGAACGCGCAAAAGGCACGGGUCAGCCUCCCCUACUUCGGAACCAUCGAACUCGAAUAUCACAAGCCGCCUGUGCGGCCAACCUUUGACCUCGACUCGGAUACAGCAAGAAAGCUUGAAACUGCGAAAACGGGAAGCAACGUUCCGAUAUUUUCUUUUGUCAGUAACGAACUCUGGCCAUCCGCCGAAGGGGAUUGGGAGAAAAGCCUGAACUUUGAUGUGGUUCUGUUCAACGGUCUUGAGGACCAGGAUACAGAGGGCGAUUGGAUAUUCUGA